GUCGGCAGGGAGCGGCAGCCGCGGCGGCGACCGUGAGGGGCUAGCGCACACCCUAGCCAGGGAGACUUAGGGAAGCCCCGGACAGACGGACGGACGGACGGAGAGGACCUUCCCCAGCGCCCUCCCAACCCUACCCCAGCAAGCCAUGGCCGAGAGAAAGCAAUCGGGGAAGGCGGCAGAGGACGAAGAGGUCCCUGCCUUUUUUAAGAACCUGGGCUCGGGCAGUCCCAAGCCCCGGCAGAAAUUCUGUGGCAUGUUCUGCCCGGUGGAGGGGUCCUCGGAGAACAAGACCAUCGAUUUCGACUCGCUCUCGGUGGGCCGGGGCUCGGGGCAGGUGGUGGCCCAGCAGCGGGAUGUCGCCCACUUGGGCCCCAACCCGCACGGGCAGAGCCGGCGUGCCAGCGGGGAGCCAUCUGUUGAAUCGGGCCGGAAGGUGGAGAUCCGGAGGGCCUCGGGCAAGGAAGCCCUGCAGAACAUCUACGAUCAGAGUGAUCGUCUUCUGAUCAAAGGUGGCAAGAUUGUGAAUGAUGACCAGUCCUUCUAUGCAGACAUAUACAUGGAAGAUGGGUUGAUCAAGCAAAUAGGAGAAAACCUGAUUGUGCCGGGAGGGGUGAAGACCAUUGAAGCCCACUCCAGGAUGGUGAUCCCCGGAGGAAUCGACGUGCACACUCGGUUCCAGAUGCCGGACCAGGGAAUGACAUCAGCUGAUGACUUCUUCCAGGGAACCAAGGCCGCCCUGGCUGGGGGAUCCACCAUGAUCAUCGACCAUGUGGUUCCCGAGCCCGGAACAAGCCUGCUGGCUGCCUUUGAUCAGUGGAGGGAGUGGGCGGACAGCAAGUCGUGCUGUGACUAUUCUCUGCACGUGGACAUCACUGAGUGGCACAAGGGCAUCCAGGAGGAGAUGGAAGCUCUGGUGAAGGACCACGGGGUAAACUCCUUCCUCGUGUACAUGGCUUUCAAAGAUCGAUUCCAGCUGACGGAUUCCCAGAUCUAUGAAGUGUUGAGUGUGAUCCGGGAUAUUGGUGCCAUAGCUCAAGUCCAUGCAGAGAAUGGUGACAUCAUUGCGGAGGAACAGCAGAGGAUCCUGGAUUUGGGCAUCACGGGCCCAGAGGGACACGUGCUGAGCAGACCAGAGGAGGUCGAGGCUGAAGCUGUGAACCGGUCCAUCACCAUUGCCAAUCAGACCAACUGCCCCCUCUACAUCACCAAAGUGAUGAGCAAGAGCGCGGCCGAAGUCAUCGCCCAGGCACGGAAGAAGGGAACUGUGGUGUAUGGUGAGCCCAUCACUGCCAGCUUGGGGACGGAUGGCUCUCAUUACUGGAGCAAGAACUGGGCCAAGGCGGCUGCCUUUGUCACCUCCCCACCCCUGAGCCCCGACCCAACCACUCCAGACUUUCUCAACUCCCUGCUGUCCUGUGGAGACCUCCAGGUCACUGGCAGCGCCCAUUGUACCUUCAACACUGCCCAGAAGGCCGUGGGGAAGGACAACUUCACCUUGAUUCCUGAGGGCACCAACGGCACAGAGGAGCGGAUGUCUGUCAUUUGGGAUAAAGCUGUGGUCACUGGUAAGAUGGACGAGAACCAGUUUGUGGCUGUGACCAGCACCAACGCAGCCAAAGUCUUCAACCUUUACCCCCGGAAAGGUCGCAUUGCGGUGGGAUCUGACGCAGACUUGGUCAUCUGGGACCCUGACAGUGUGAAGACCAUCUCUGCCAAGACGCACAACAGCGCUCUUGAGUACAACAUCUUUGAAGGCAUGGAGUGUCGCGGCUCCCCCCUGGUAGUCAUCAGCCAGGGCAAGAUUGUUCUGGAGGACGGCACGCUUCAUGUCACUGAAGGCUCAGGCCGCUACAUCCCCCGGAAGCCCUUCCCUGACUUUGUGUACAAACGUAUCAAGGCCAGGAGCAGGCUGGCUGAGCUGAGAGGGGUCCCUCGUGGCCUCUAUGAUGGACCCGUUUGCGAGGUGUCUGUGACGCCCAAGACGGUCACCCCAGCCUCAUCGGCCAAGACGUCCCCUGCCAAGCAGCAGGCGCCACCUGUUCGGAACCUGCACCAGUCUGGAUUCAGCUUGUCUGGUGCUCAGAUUGACGACAACAUUCCCCGCCGCACCACCCAGCGCAUUGUGGCGCCCCCUGGUGGCCGUGCCAACAUCACCAGCCUGGGCUAAAGCCCUUAGGCCUGCAGGCCACGUGGGCAUGGGGGAUGGGACACCUGAGGACAUUCUGAGACUUCCUUCCAUAUUCUUUUCUUUCUUUCUUUCUUUUUUUCUUUUUAAAGAGCCUGUGAUAGUUGCUGUGGGCAGCCAGUUCCUGGGGCUUGCUCUUGGGCCCCCGCACUCGGCCUCCCCUGGAGUUUCUGAAUUUGCUCACCCAAGUCCCUACACAGUCAUGACCACCAUACCCAAGCCUAGCCACCCACCCCACACGGAGCUGCACCCAACACGCAGACAUGCACCACUAAGCAGAUGCCAGCGAGGGUGCCCCUACCAACACCCUCCGUUGUGCAGUCGGCACCUUCCUGUCACGGGGAAGAUAGUGAAUCGCCCUGAGCUGCCUUCUUUUCUUUUUAAUAAUUUUUAAAAAGGGGUUUUCUUUGUGGGAUUGGGGAAGGGUAGGGGGGGUGGGAAAUUUUUUUUUUUUUAAAUACUAAAUUAAAAGCCUGAUUCAAUAUUAAUCCACACGGGUCUUGAACUGGACAUCCUAAUGAUGCAAUUAUGUAACCGUUAAGCUGAUUUUGAGGCUGGCAAGCUGCUACUGCCCCUCUGGAAAAGUUCCAUGCGUCUGCAUCUUCAUCCUUUACUCUUCCGGGUCAGCUGUUGAGAAGAGGCAGGUUUUCUUCAAUGGCCUAGAUUUUGUGGCAGAUGAGACCUUUUGAGGGUUCUCUGUUUUUCUGCAUCUCCUGUCUGCCCUGGCUUUUUCUUCUGCACUCAUGGAGAGAUUCAGAUGUUGGUCUCUUGCUUUGUGUUUCUUCGAGGCGGUGUUCUUUUUCUCCUCGCCACCUUGUCUGCUGGUAAAGCCAGGCAUCCCAAUUUGGCCUCAGGCAUAGCUAGAGGACCCUAGUUUUGUCCCCACAACCGUAGUUUUGUGCUAUCCUGGUUUCUGUUAAGAUUGGUGCUAUCCGAUUCUCAUCACCAGGAAGUGUCUGAGAUUGAGGCUUGCCAGACAUAGGGACGGCCCGGAUGAUGUCACCAAUAUUGUCACAUGUUGGCCCAGAAUAGAGUCACGUGUGGAGCAAAGCCAAGAGAGUAAGAGAGAACUAGGCCGUAGAAUUGACGGAGUUCCCAGGCAAACCUGUAAACCCAGCCCGGAAGCUCACAUGAGCCAGACAAACUGGGACCGUAAUUUGCCUGUGGAGGGGCCCUUCCCAGCCUUCCCCAGGAAUGCUAGAAAAAUGGGACUUUUCAGUGUGUGCAUGCGCGCGUGCGCGGAGGUGAAAACUUUUUUUUUUUCUGUCCAGUUAUUUCAAAAGGUCUAACUUGAUGGGGGAAGGGCCUUAUAAGGGUAGAAAUCUGCAGGAUAAUUAAGUCUUUUACAAGAGGAACAACCCUGUUUUAAGAGACAGUAUCUCGUGGGAAGAAAACCGCCCAGGUUGAACGCAUGGCCUGCUUAGAGUUCACGCUGCCCCUCAGAGACCGUGUCACCUCAUAUCUGUCACCCUUCCUCUUCCUGUCACAGUGACAGUUUCUCACUAGCUGGCUUCUUUCUGUAUUUGCCGACUUCUGUCCUAUUUCUUUUCAAGUGUGUUUACAGGUCCUUGUGAGCAGUGUUAGGUCCACAGGCUUUUACGAAUCCAAUCUGCUUGGGUAAAAAAGCAGGGCAUCAAAAAAAAAAAGUGAUAUUUUUAGUGUCCACACAUUUUUGCCUUUGGGGUUAACGGUUGGGGUUUUAGGCUUGUUGCUGAUUUUUGUUAUUUUAAAGGUAAAUUGCACUUUUAAAAAUUGGUUGACUUAAUAUAUUUGCUUUUUUUUUUUUGUUGUUUUUUACCUGCACUUGGGAGAAAAUUUGAACAAGUUGGAAAACGCCCUUUUGUUUAUUUGUUUGGCUUCUGAGGAACACUCGCAGCUCUCCAGUAUUCAGUAUCUCCCUUCUGUUUCUUGUAUGGGGCUGUGGCCCUUUCGGUUGUUUUAGAUCGUUUUCUUAAAAAGCAAAACAAACAAACAAAAAAAAACAAAACAGUUUCAAACCUGAAGAUUUCCGCAGUCCGUGUAAGCAUGUUUACCUGUUGGCUCGCUUUCUGUGUCUGUUAAAUGAAUGUCAUAUGUAAAUGCUAAAAUAAGUCAACAGUGUCUCAGAACUGAGUAACUGCAGUGACUUGAUGCUCUAAACCAGUGUAGGAUUUACUGCUAGAUGGUUUUUAACCCUUGAACUUGUGAUUGUGACCCAAGAGGGGGGGACCUUUCAGUGCUAAAGCUGAUCAUGUGUGUAGCCAGAAAGGUACUUUUUUUUUUUUAAUUUUUGUUUUAUUUUAUUUUUUUUGUAACCACUGUCUUAAUGGCAAAGUAAUUAUGGUAAAAUACAAGUCUCGUGUUUAUUAUUCCUUAAAAAGUCUGUUGUUAUAUUACCACGGAACACCCAAUAAAGCAGAAUGUGGUUGUUUCA